CGGAACCUUCUCUUUUCCCGUCGCUGCGGCGCUAGUUCCAAACCGAUGUUCAUUUGUUCAACGGCGGAACAAGUGACUCGAUUGCGCCGAAGCCGUUUUUGAAAGCUCGGUAGCGCGCUGUGGAGCACAGAAAAAGCAUCAACUUCGCGAUCGCGGUGGGUCUGCCCCAACAUUGGGUCUGCCAGCAUCAAAACGUAACCGAUGCUCAUUUGCGUGGUCGUCGUCUUCGGGCAACUAAUUACUACCGUUGGAGGAGGAUGCUGUGCACCAUGGAGAAGCCCAGCCCAGGCGGGGGUGCCACGGGGGGCACGUGCACCUCAAGCGUGCCCAAGAUCAUGGUGUUCCGGCCCACCCUGGAGGAGAUGCAGGACUUCUCCAAGUACCUCGAGCACAUGGAGUCCAUGGGGGCACACAAGGCCGGAUUGGCCAAGAUCAUCCCACCUAAGGAGUGGAUCCCGCGCAAGGGUGGCUACGACGACAUCGAGAUGGAUAUUCCGUCGCCUAUCUCGCAAGUAGUGUCCGGGGGCCAGGGCUUGUACCAGCAGUACAACAUCCAGAAAAAGUCCAUGACCGUCAAAGAGUUCCGGCGCGUGGCCCAAAGUGAUCGUUUUAACACACCGGCUCACUUUGACUAUGAAGACUUGGAGCGCAAGUACUGGAAGAACAUAGCCUUCAAUGCUCCAAUCUAUGGUGCAGAUGUCUCGGGAUCCCUGUACGACCCUGGCGUCAAGGAGUUCAACAUCAACCACCUGAACACCAUCCUGGACCUGGUGGGCCAGGACUACGGCAUCAAGAUUGAGGGUGUCAACACUGCCUACCUCUACUUCGGCAUGUGGAAGACCACAUUUGCCUGGCACACGGAGGACAUGGACCUUUACUCCAUCAACUACCUCCACUUUGGGGCCCCCAAGUCGUGGUACUGCGUGCCCCCCGAGCACGGCCGGCGCCUCGAGCGCCUCGCGGCAGGCUUUUUCCACAACACGGCCCAGGAGUGCGCCGCCUUCCUGCGCCACAAGAUGACUGUCAUAUCGCCCCAGGUCUUGCGCCAGUACUCGAUACCUUACAACAAGAUAACCCAGGAGGCCGGCGAAUUCAUGAUCACUUUCCCGUAUGGGUACCACGCUGGCUUCAACCACGGUUUCAACUGUGCCGAGUCUACUAACUUCGCUCUGCCUCGCUGGGUCGAGUACGGCAAGAGAGCCUCACAGUGCCUGUGUCGGAAUGACUGCGUGAAGAUCAGCAUGGACGUGUUUGUGAAGAAGUUCCAGCCAGAGCGGUACGAGUUGUGGCUGGCCGGCCAAGAUGUGGGCUGCCACCCUGAAGACCCCUCGAGUCGUGUGGCUGCCCGGCCACCCACCCACCUUGAAAUGGCCAUGUUGCGUUCCAUGAUCAAGUCGAAGUCCAAGCGCCACCCCGUGCUGGCCAAGGGCUGCCUCGUACCUGAGGAGGAUGCCGGCGACACUGAUGGCACGGAGAUCUAUGACCCCGAGGAUGACGAGGACACCAAGAAACAGCGGCGGCCCUCCAAGGGGUCACUGUCCAAGCGCAAGCCCAAGGGGGCGGCACAGGGUGGCGACAAGGCCAAGCGGGUUCGCAGGUCUCGCACCAACAGCACCAAUGACAGGGAUGCCUCACCUACCAAAGUGUCUGCGAGCAAAAACCCCACCCAGUACAGUGGCCUGAUGCAGGAGUUGAGUGUCGUGGUGGAGCCCCUGGCGCACGUGGGGCCUCCAAAACUGGAGCCCCACAAGGCGACCCCGGCUGUGGCUCCUCUCUCGGAGGAAACAACGCAGCUGCCCACUGAAAGCGAUAAGGAUGUGUACCACCACACUACUGAGCUGCCCGCAUUGAGCCUGGGACCGGGGGGUAGUCUGGGCGACCAGUGGUCCCUGAUGACUCCGGUGGAGGCACUUGUUCCCGCGCCAUCGUCCUCCCCCAACCAUUCGGCACCGCUUCUUCCUUCCCCACCAGAGGAGACCAGCGCGCUUCCCUCCUCGAAGGUGGCCCAUGAGGCAGAGGAGGAGGAAGUGACACCCACCCCUGGCAUGCCGCGCAAGCUGUGCCUGAGCACAGCUGUACGACGCCAGCCCCUGCAUCCAGCGCCCAAAAAGGCCAAGGUGCACCAUCCCACUGUCAUCAGGGGCCAGGGUGAGGACAGCAGCGACGAGGGGUGGUCGUCGGGAGGGGACACCUCCGUGUCGAAGGCCAACAGCAGUACCGCCACAUCCCCGGCGGCCACUACAGGUGGCAACGGCAGUGGCAGUCUCGGGGCGAGGGAGCCCGGUAGCUGGGCAGCGCCGUACAUGGACCUGUGGAACUUCCGACCGGCCAGCCUGUAUGCCGAGCGCCAGCUCAACCGACACUCCUCCACCCUCGAGCCGCACUGCGCCCUCUGCCUGCUCUUCCGGCCACUCCAGUAUUCACGUGAGGAAAUGCCCCGAGAGCAGCCCACAGUGCCGGAGUCGAGUGCCGUGUGGAUGCCUGCCGUGUGCUUCGUCAAUGGUGGCCUGGACGUGGUGCGUAGCGCCGAAGUGGGCAUGCCGGAGAUUCCCGACACAGACGUCAAGUCGAGCGAGCUGCUCGUUUGCUCCUCUUGCUCUGUCUGCGUCCACAAACACUGUUACGGUGUCACUAUGCCUGUCAUCAAGGAGACUUGGAAGUGCGACCGGUGUGCGAUUCAACCUGUCAGCGUGGAGUGUUGCCUGUGCUCGCUGCGCGGGGGUGCCCUGAAGCAGACGACGCAUGGUCGCUGGGUGCACCUGCUGUGCGCCCUGUUGGUGCCUGAGGUGCACCUGGUGGACCCGCCCACCCGUUCACCUGUGGACGUGCUCAGAGUCACACCGCAGAGGGCCCGUCUGCGCUGCACGUACUGCCACAAGCUACGGGACCGGCUCGGCUGUCCCCUGGAGUCGGGCGCGUGCAUCCAGUGCACGUCGGGCAAGUGCACGACAGCCUUCCACGUCACGUGCGCCCACGCCGCAGGUGUCUCGUUCCUCACCUCCGACUGGCCGCUGCCCAUCUUCAUAAAGUGCAUCAAGCACAGUUCCACGCAGGGCGACACCAAGGUCAGGGAGGACACUACUCUUUCACGACUUGAGAAAGUGACACCACGGGAGCGCCCGCCGGCCGAGCCCCUGCCGGCAGUGGAGCCCGGCAGUCGUGUGGUGGCCAAACACAAGAACGGCCGCUACUACUGGGGACAGGUACGAGAUUGUCGCAGCCAAGACUUCUACUCGGUAGACUUCGAAGACAACUCCUCCUGCGACAACAUGCGGCCAGAGGACAUAGUGGAUCGUGACUGCGUGCAGGCGGGACCACCCAACCCUGGUGACAUAGUUCAAGUGAACUGGACGGACGGCAAGUUGUACAGCGCUGUCUUCAAGGGACACAGAACGAUCACCUUGUACACGGUGGUGUUCGAGGACGAGUCCGAGCGGAUAACCAAGCGCGAGGAUAUCUACGCCGAGGGAGAAGAGCUCCCGAAGCGGGUCAAGUCUAGUCUGAAGCGACCGAGAGGCAGCACAUCGACCUGUUCGAAGAACAGCCGGUGGAAGGUCGUCGCCGCCGGGCCCUUAACGUCCGCUACAUCGAUGAUGACAUCCUGCUCCUCUGAAGAAUGUGGCAGCACGUCAUCAUCGUCAUCAUCGGCGUCUCCCGAGCAGCAACAGCAGCCACUCCGCUGCCCGCCUCUCUACCUGCGGAGGGAGAGCACACCACCGCACGUCGCUGUGCUGCCCACUGUUGUCUCAGCAACCGCCCAUCAGCUCUCGUCUUGUCGGUGAUGAUGACACAGUGAGAACAGUGUUGUUGCCCGAGAACAUUGGCAACCGCUGAGGCCUGAACAAGAAUACUGUGUGUGUGUAUGUGUACGUGUGCGUGGUUGCAAAAGAUGUGCUUGCAUAGUGAACUGAAGUAUUGGCUGCAGUUCUGGACCUGAAACACAAGCCCACUGCAGUGUGUCUUCAUCAAAGGGAGGCAUAGCAGCACAGCUGCAACGUGCAAAUGUGUAUGUGUGCUCGCAACACAUAUAUUGCACCAAAUGAACCUGUCUCUCAAGAUGUGCACGUUGCGAACAUUACCUACUUGUGUGAUACUGUACUGUGUGCUUGGUCUGUCACAUUUGCACUUUGUGUAUAGAAGCAGUAGUUUUGGGGUAUGGGGAGGGGGCAACACUGUACAGGUUUGACUCUUCAUGUAACACAGUCCCAUCGCCCACGGCUACUCCAUUGUGUUAGUGUUGGUGUGUAUCCUAGUUCACCAUUGGCGAGGGCACUCGCAGUAGGAGCAUGCUGAAAGCGACGUGUUGCCCGCUGUGUGUUCCAAGCGUGUCGCCUGGUGAGCUGUAAGACAUCCCCCACCUGAGGUUCACAAGUACUGGAAAUUUGCUGUACUGGCACACGUGGUUUCUUUGACUCUACACCUUUCUGUAGAUGUUUCUGUGAUGCAGAGAGCCCUCCAAAAAACAUGAACAAACUGGCUGUCUGUGUGUUUAAACUGGAAUAAAGAUUUCUAGCAACCAUCAGUUUUCAGUUGUAUGUUGAGACAGUGAAGAAAUUUGGCAUUUGGGCGACUUCUAACAUCAUGGGCAGGUACGAAUGUCGACCUGUAGCAAUAGAAAAAUGAAUGGCACGCUGAAGAUGGUCUAGUGCUCGGAUACCGUGUGUGCACCCAGGGUUGUGUUGCUCACAAGGUGUGCCUGCAUGGGUAAAAUUUGGCUCAUUGAUAUAAUGUGCUCAUGUAUGAGCGUCUGCGAUUUGUCGUAUGCUUUAGUGGGGCCGUUAAGUACAUUUACAGCUGUAGUAUUUUUAAGUUGCAAAACAAAGGAGGUAGGUUAUUAGUCAUUUGGAGCCUGUAAUUUUCAGUUGUGGCAAUUGGCGCUGAGAAGCAUUGUCAUAGUAUGUCAUAGUUGUGCGCAACCACCUAAUGGUGCUAUAUGAAUCGGUCUCGGAGUGCCCUUGGGUGAAGAUUCAUAACAUGCAAUGUCCUAAAUGUAAUUGUGUUUAUCUAGAAUUGCCUGUGGGUUUGUUUGUGGGGGCAGGUUGCUUGAUGUGGUGUAGAGCCCUUGGUUCUUGCAGUACAAGGGAGGGGGGAUGUUGCCUAGCCGACUGCCGUUCUGAGUGCUCCUGGACAUGCCCAAAGUUCAUUCCUGUUGCCAACUCAUCUUCCUUCAUCUGCCUUUCUUUCUUUUAAUUAUUUCCUGUAAGCUACGCCAUCAGGAUGGUUGGGCGAGAUAUGUCAUCAUUAUGUCGCAUUGCCUCGGCCACAAUUGUCCGUUCCACAAUAUUUCAAUGCUCACUACCUCCAAAAGGGCCCCCAGCAAACUGGAUGUAGGUUUUACCAACGCUAUCUGGUACAGCAGUUGACGUAGCCUAAAGUUGGUGGCAGCUCUGUUUGAGAUGCAAGCCACUAUUUAGAAGGACUUCAGCCGUCUGUAGCGCGUGUUCUUGGGGAGCAUGUCUUGUCUGCGAAUUCACAUUUCUCAGUCUCUGGCAGAGAACUGUAAGCGGCUUGUUAAAAACAUGGUUGGAUGAGCUACUGGCAAGUUGCUUUUUAUAUUUAGAGAAAGCAGUGUCUGCAGCUUCCAUUUGUUUUGUUCACAUCCAUGUGUUCCGCCAAAGCGUAACGAGUUCUGGUGUUUGGCUUAAGUGCUGUCUUGGCCUGUGGCAUCUUGUCGCCAUGGUGAGUGUCAGUCACUAGAAAACUUGGCAGUGCUUUUGGCGGGAAAAAUGCUUUCGGAGGGCAGCAUUUAAACAAGGCUGACAUCCCUGGCAGAGUUGUUUCCUGUUUGCUGGUUUCCCUUCUCACCAUAUUCUUGGAUGUGUUGUUUUGUUCGAUCUCAUCAUUGGAACACACUGGUGGGCAUAGAAUUUUGGUUUUUGUUUCCAAGCAGUAUUCAAAUUUUUUUUCGUUUUUUUUCUUAAUCUUUGUUUGUCACUGAAAAGCAAUCAUAAGUGUGGGGUUUGUUCCUUUGUUUCAACAUGUUUCGUGACGCCAUGUUUUUUCUGUUUCUUUCAACUAAGUCAGUGUUUUGUGGCCCCAUUGGAACCUACAGGCCAUACUAGUGUUUCUUCAUGCUUUGUGUAUUCUAACAUGCUUCAACAUGAAUUAUCAUUUACAAGCGUUAACUUUCUUGUUUUUUGAAGUGUUUUAUCGCAUUAUAUGGUGGAAUGUUUGCAGUUGCUCUCACUCUUUCCCUUGGCUGCUUUUUUAAUAGUAAAUAUAUUGUUGGGAUUUUAGUAUGUACUUCUAAAAGGGGUGAGUAUUGCAAUGAUUAGGAUUCAUGGGCAGUUAUGUGCAAUGACACAAGCAUCUCCCACAACCCACUGCCGUGGUGUGUUUUAUUUGAGGCUACAAAAAGGAACUGCGAAAAUUGUACCUUGUCUUCUGUGCAAUUAUUUUGGCAUAGGAUAAUGCAGUGUUGUGCCAUUUUGCUCAUUUGAAGACAUAGUAUGUGUAAUCUACUGUAGAAGCAUGGUGGCAUACAUGAAGUGCGAAAUUUCGUUUGGUAGUACCUACAUCCUAAGCUUGAUAUCUAUGGCACUUUUCAUGGUGUUGUAGUCAAUGUGACUCUUUUUAAAUAUAUUUUUUUCCUCUUCAAUUUCUCAUUUGGCAGAGUACUUCCUGUGUUAAUGAAUUUUCGCUUGUUAAAUGCGUGUGCAUUUGUGUGUCCAAAAUGCGUGGUAUUUAAACAGUGCUUGGUCAACAAGCGUGUGUACAGAAGCAUAUCGCAUGUGUAGAAAAAAAAUCAGUUUCACAAAAGCCGUGAGGUUAACCCAGAGCCAUGACAUUGCGUAUUCAGAAAAUGUACUCGGAGCAUCCUGUUGUUUACCUAGCAGACAUUCAUGUAUAACAUUUUGCAUCUUUGUCAUCCCUAUAGUUUUGAGUGAAGAUUUCUCUAUCUCGUGUUUGUUCACAGAUUAUUUAUAAAUGCCUACCUAUUCUGGCUUGUACUAUUGUUUGCCAGCCAAAAUAAAAGUCGUGUUGUACAUA